CAGGCUUUCCAUUCAUGGUUACCUCGUCACUUUGCCUACACAAAAUGGUUUCGCCCGAGGACAACAGGUCAACCAUGAGUUUACUAGUGAGUUAACUACUGCUCAGUCCACGUUGGAACGUUACUCCACCGCCGGAAUAUGUCCACAAACUUUUGCGACGCUUUGCACGUUCGUGGAUGCAUCACGGUAGACGGCAAUCAGAGUUUGUUAAGGGCCACGAGAGCAGGGAACAUGGGCAAGGUUGUGGAACUUUUGAAUUCUCGGGCAGACGUGAAUGCUACCAAUGCGAACGGACUUACUGCGUUGCACUUAGCAGCCAAAGAGGGUCAUUUGGAAAUCGCCCGAGAACUGGUCCGGCGAGGCGCUGAUGUCCACGCGGUGACGAAGAAAGGCAAUACAGCGUUGCACGUUGCCAGUCUUGCUGGCCACAUCGAAUUGGUGCGGUUGCUGAUCGCUAACGAUGCCAACGUAAACUGCCAGUCACAGAAUGGAUUUACACCGUUGUAUAUGGCCGCUCAAGAGAACCAUGUAGAAGUUGUUAAUACUCUGCUCAAUCAUUCAGCAAAUCCGGCCCUAGCGACCGAGGAUGGAUUUACCCCACUGGCCGUGGCCUUGCAACAGGGUCACGAGCGCGUCGUCGCUGUCCUACUAGAAAGAGACUCACGAGGGAAAACGCGAUUACCAGCGUUACACAUAGCGGCCAAAAAAGAUGACGUACACUCGGCCGCGUUGCUACUCAACAACACAGAGCUGAAUGUGGAUCAUGCCUCUGCGAGUGGAUUCACUCCAUUGCACAUAGCUUCCCAUUACGGGAAUGUGAACAUCGCGAAACUGCUUAUUUCCCGUGGGGCUAACGUCAAUUAUCGAGCCAAAAAUUCCAUCACUCCAUUGCACGUGGCCGCCAAGUGGGGUAGAGAUGAGGUCGUGCAAGAGUUGCUCAGAGCCGGAGCCGAGAUUGAUGCACGGACAAGAGAUGGACUGUCCCCAUUGCACUGUGCUGCUCGUUCUGGUCAUGUAGCCGUCGUGGACACGCUGUUGAAAGCCGGAGCCAAUGUGCACUUAGUGACAAAGAACGAACUAUCUCCACUCCACAUGGCUGCUCAGGGCGACCACGAGCGGGUGGCUCAGUUAUUGCUAAACGCAGGUGGUAAUACGGAUGCUGUAACGGUGGACUACUUGACUCCAUUACAUGUGGCUGCGCACUGUGGUCACGUGAACGUCGCUCGGGUGCUUCUCGAAGCUCGGUGCAAUGUGAACGCUCGUGCGCUGAACGGAUUCACCGCGUUACACAUUGCAAGCAAGAAAGGAAGGACAGAGGCAGUGGAUUUGUUACUGAAAAACGGGGCUUUCGCCGAGGCAGCAACCGAGACUGGCUUAACCCCACUUCAUGUGGCUUCAUUUAUCGGUGCAACUGAAGCGGUGUCCUCUUUGCUGCGACACGGAGCGAACGUUGACCAAACUACACUCCGCAAUGAAACGCCGUUACAUUUGGCAGCGAGAAGUGGUCAGACAGAAACAGCCAAGGUAUUGAUCAGUCAUGGAGCUCACAUCGACCCGCAAACCAGAGAUAGCCACACUCCACUCCACCUGGCGGUUCGAGCUCGACACCAAACCAUGGUACAAGUCCUACUAGAAGCCGGCGCGAAUCCGAAAUUGGCCACACGAGAUGGUUUCACUGCAUUGCACUUCGCGACCCGAGACAAUGCCAUGGAACUGGUCAAUACGUUGCUACGAUACGGUGCAACCAGUGAUCAAACUACAAAGAAGGGAUUUACUCCACUUCACUUGGCUUCGAAGCAUGGGAACACCGACAUUGCUCGGAUCCUGCUUACAAAGGCCAACGCAGACCCUAAUGCUCCUGGACGCAGCGGAUUCACUCCAGUCCAUGUGGCAGCCUUCUACAACCAGCUUCCACUUCUCGAGAUACUUUUGCAACAUGGGGGAGACGUGAACAAAUCAGUGAAAAACGGGUUCACACCCUUGCAUCUGGCUGCGAAGCGAAAUCACACCGAGUGUGUCCAACUUCUGGCCCAACAUGGUGCUGCAGUCGAAGCGGAAUCCCGAACUGGGUACACUCCACUGCACCUAGCCGCCCAAGAGGGGCACUUAGAAGUGGUCCGACUAUUGAUUAACCGCUACAAAGCCUCACCUGGGGUUGCUGCAAAAGAUGGAUUGACGCCCCUCCACUUGGCCGUACAGGAAGACCGAGUGGCUGUCGCCGAAUGUCUUCUUGAUGCUGGUGCCCCGUUACAAGCGAGAACGAUCAACGCUGGCUUCACACCCAUUCACACUGCAUCGUACAGCGGGCAGCUGGCAGCAUUACGAGUUUUGUUGAGUCGCAUUCCAGAGGAGGAAAUUCUCCCACUGGUUAACGCUUGCACUCAGCUGGGCUCCACUCCACUACAUUUGGCUGCCCAGCAGGGACAUCUGAGAGUUGUUCUCAAACUGCUGCAAUCUGGUGCCAACCCGAACGCCAGAAAUCGACAAGGAUGUACACCAGCUCAAUUGGCUCACAAACAGCACUAUUUGAACGUGUUCGAGACGCUUCAGAAAGUCACGACAGAUGUCACAGACUGGUCGGCACCCAGCUUGGCCGGUCCCACGGUCAACGGACCAAUGGAUGAAGGCACAGGCAUUAUCACUGCAGGCAUUACCACUUUCGAAAAAGCGGAACACAUGACAGAUCAUGUGGUUUCGGAUAGUGAAGAAGAGGGAGAAGAGUUGUUGCCAACUCCUCUAUCCGCUCGGCGUCCCAGGCGCUUAGAGUUGUCUUCCACUGAAGAUCAAGCGGAUCAGUGGUGUCGAACCUCAUCGUACGACUUGAUUUGCCAGCAACUCGAAUACAUGCAUACUUAUGUUGCCGAUGACAUGGCUCGCUCCGGCAUUCAGGACGGCCCAUGUGACGAUCAAUCAAAGCUGGAUGCCAGUGAUCGAGAGCAGCAACGCAUAGUGCCUGAGCAAGCGGGUGUGGUACAGGCCAAGUCAAAAGCCUCCCCCGUUGGACUGUCCGAAUGGGAUAUGGAGGUGGAUAGUUUGCAGUUAUUGCGAAAGCCGAUCAAAGCCGGGUUCUUAAUCUCUUUUCUGGUUGACGCUCGUGGCUGUUUGGUAAGAGCACAAAGAAGAGCCGAUCUGAGGUUUUUCAUCCCUCCGAAUGCCUCUCCCGCCCCGACGCGCGUGAUCUGUCGAGUGCUUCGACCGGAAUUCGUUUCCAAUCACCCACCGAUGAACGAUGGCGACUGUUUGGCGGCACGCAUAAUCGAACUGAGUCCGUUCCAAAUGCAAUUCUGCUCACCAAUACUGAUCGAGGUACCACACAUUGCUUCGCUGCGUGGCAGGGAAAGAGAGAUUGUCGUGUUACGCAGUGAGACCGGUACCACUUGGAAAGAGCAUACACUGGAAGCCAAUGACACUGCUGUUCAGAAUGCCUUGGGUGAUGCGUUCGAACCGAUGGAACCUCAGAGUGCACAAAAAGAACGCCUUAUUCAUCGUAUACUCACCUACGAUUUUCCACAAUAUUUCGCGGUUCUGUCACGAUUUCGUCAAGACAUCGCACUUAUCGGGUCCGACGGGGGAACCAUUACAUCCACAGUUGCUCAACAAGUACAGGCGGUUUUUCCGCCGGGAGCUUUGCAAAAGCGGAUCAAAGUUGGACUGCAGGUACAACCCAUACCCCAAGAACUAACUACUCGAUUAGCCGGAGAGUACGUGUCAGCAUCGUAUGUGGUCAGCAUAGAACCACGCAGACGGAAGUUCCACAAGCCGAUCACAUUGACUAUGCCAUUACCCAAACCACCAUCCAAACCCCAGACCGGAACAGAUGGGUCCACUUCGAACGUCCGACUACUGUGCAGCCUCUCAGGAGGGACGAACCCACCUGUCUGGGAGGAUAUCACGGGCUCAACGCCCAUGACACGAAACAAGAAUUGUGUGUCAUUUACAACUACAGUUUCUGCUAGGUUUUGGUUACUCGAUUGUCCAACCCCAACAUCGGCAGUGGAAUCUGCCACGCGAGUGUACCGAGAGAGCAUCGUCCCACCUCUCAUAGGCCGCUUUGUAGUGUUCGCCAGACAGUCAAUGAACCUCGAAUCGGCCUCUCAUCUAACCAAUGGUGAGGUUAGCGAGGAACCACUCAUACCCCGCCGUCCUGGCGCUGAGUUGACCCAGUUUCGUUGCCUGUGCUUGACCGACGAUACGGAGGAGAAAACACUGGAGUGCUUAGAACGGUUCAGCCUGGUUGCAGCUGGAACCCCAACUGAGGUUCUGGAAAACCGACCCUACUGGAUCGAACUGAGCGGUAAUCUGACUGCUGUGACGAAGGCCGACACACAACCUCGGUUGGUCGUUCGACCAUUUCAAGAGAACAGAGUAACCUUCCCUGUUCGUCUGCGUGAACCAAAGCCAGACGAAUCUGACACAGUUCAUGGGCGUAUCGCUUUUAUGCGCGAUCCGCGCCACUUGAGACAGGCCGCGGAUGAACUGCAGCUCGAGCAAAGACCAGUCUGUGUGCUGGAUCUGCGAUUACCGCGUCCGGGAGAGACGGCUGUCAUGACAACAGCAGAUUCCGAAGUCCUUGGGCGUUCUGAACUGGAUCUCAAGGCGCUGGCCAACCAACUGGGCUCAGACUGGGAGAAGUUGGCCAAAGCGCUAUGUUUUACUGAUAACGAAAUUCAACAAAUUUCGAGGGAAUCUAGUGCCUACUCAACAACUCAUCCAACUACCGAGGAGCAGAAGGGCGAGCUCAUGCUGUCCAUGUGGCAGCAGAGGGUCUCCGAAUCCGCGGGACCAAAACAAGCCGCUCUCGGCAACCAGUUAGCAACUGCCUUACAUUCCAUCAAGCGAGCCGAUGUAAUACACCCUAGUAUGACCGACAUUCGGCCUGUGGUCACAGAAGAUGAGCUGGCGGCUGCUACCGUUGCAUUGAGCAAGAAACCAUCGCCACCACGAGUCGAAGUUACGCCUGAUGUGCAGUCUUCCUUGACUAUCCCCAGUGCCGUAGAUGUUUCGCAACCAAGUGUGGGCGAAGUGGAGCAUGAGCGCGAAACGGAGCCAACUCCAGGUAUUGCAGAGGUAGAUGUUGCAUCUACCCAGGAAGAUGUUUCGGAUAUUUCGACCUCCGUUUCUGCUGCCGUUAGUGCUCCAACAACCGCUUCUUCGCUGACUGAAGCAGUAGCGGAACCUCUUUCGUCCACUUCUGUGCCAAGUGAGGUAGGUGAGGAACUUUCGACUCAGAUCGCAACACUUGCUCCCCAGGAUUGGAAGCAAGCUCUUCUGGAUUACCUUGCAAAUUCAGGCGCACAGCCGAUUCCUCUCGUCCUUCCAGCUGUUACUCAGCCCGAUAUUCCUGACGACCGAAUUGAAGCAAUUACUCAAGUUGCCAGACUGGAUGUUAGCGUAUCCCAGAAGGUCCCCGUCCCGCAUGCAGACCAGAUGGAAAGAUUGGUUAUCGCGAAUGAAUUAUCACAUGUUAUGGAAGAGGAGCCUCUCGAUUUGCCCUCAGAGAGCGUUGAAGAUGAGGUGAGCAUUCAGGAAGAAUCCAUUGAACCUGUCAUUGUGGACCGCAGGGGACCAUUUAUUCCCGCAGAAAUUGAAUCUACGCAAAUUCUGCCCGCAAUGUCUUUGGCAGACACUGAAACCGGAGUUCCACAAAUUAUUCAAGAGCGACUCGAGGAGAGCGGCGAGGGCGUUGUUAAAACCGAUGAUACGCUCAUCAUCGCAACACCUGCUGAUCUCGUUCUUAGCAAGCCUCCACCAGAAGAAACGAUCCAGCAAAUACCCCCGUCAGUUCUGCAGAGACAGGUGUCGUUAUCGGAAUCCCUCACGCUUUCCACCGUAUCUGAUCAGCUUGAAGACAGUCUGGUCGAAAGAAUAGAACCCCAAGUCCAUUUGGGAACCGUUGGACAGCUAGAAAGCGUAACGCCCGCAGUCAAAGAAAGUCCUCUUACAUUUGCAAGAGAGAUAUCUGAGGAGUACAGGGAUGAAGGUCCCUCAACACCAGUUCUGGUACCUCAGGCAAGUGUGCACGAGGAAUCUGUCGAACCUUCGAUGGUUGAUCAGCAUCCUGUCGCCUCAACUGUUCAUCAAGAACAGGUUAUACUGGAGCCAACAUCGGGGAUAGAUGAGCAUGUUGAGCAUGAAAGACUUGAUGAAGCCGAAACUGUGCCAACUGGGAUCACGCCGUUUUACACAGCCCCGGAGGAGACGCAAGUCACCCCAUUGUUCUACCCCUGGCCAAUAACACCUUCAGAGGAGCCAAAAGAGCAUCGUCACGCGACUGUAGCUACUGGCGCUUCCGAUGAGGGUCUCGUAGAGUAUGAACUUGAGGCCACUCUGCAAGUACAUCCGGCGUUGGAGGUCGCAACAGAUGAUACUUCACUCUUCCCCAUCACUACCGCCGGGCAUGAUGUUAUUCAAACCAGCCCGGAGGAGACCUGUUCCUUCGAAGAAGUUGAAGAACUUCUACCUGACGGGAGUAUUCUCCGAAGCAAGGUGGCCACUACCGAGACAGCGAUUGCCAUUUCCUCUCGUGAUUGGCAAGAAGGAGUGGAUGCAGCCUUGGAUUCCGGAGCCUAUGAAGUGCAAGAACCCGAAGAACGGACUGAGGUGGAGGAAAUCGAAGAAGUUCUCCCUGAUGGCACCGUGAUCACGCGACAAGUCACAACGAGGUACAUCACGGAUCGGGUGGUGGAGCAUGCGGCUUCUGAUGAAGUCAUUUCUGAGAGAAGUCAGGAGGAGGAGAGACAACUUCAAACGGCCGAAGAGGAUCAUCAAGAAAGACUGUUGAAAGGAGCGGAGCCAGAUCUGGACCUUGCAAAGGAAGAAAAAGAGAAAGAGGGGAUCAGAACACCUACCGAAGAGGAAAUACCGAAAGGCAUAUCCGUGAAACAAAUGCUGGAGCUUAUAAAUGUGCCACGUUCCAUUGAGGAGAUCGGCGAAAUAAAUGAGGAUGCUGAAUUAAAUGUGCGGAAAAACAUUCAAAGAUUAAUAAACAGAGAACAAGAACUAACAACACACGUUCCUAAAAUUGCACGCAUGGCAAAAGACACAGAAAUAUACCACGAACAAAUAAAAAAAGCAAAAAUAGAGGAAUUCACAACAGCACAACAACAAGAGCCCACCAAGCAAGAGUUAGCAAUAGUGGAAUCAACAUCCGUAGAACUAGAAGAGAUAGACGGAGGAGCUGAAAGAAAAACAGACAAUGAAGACAGCUACGACAACCUGCUAGAAGAAUUCUCAGAAAAGGACAAAGAGAUACCAAUAAAAAGGCACGCUAAAGAAAAAAGAGCAGAAAAAGAAAAGAGGCACCAGGAUGUCGACAAAGAGACAGAUGAAAGGCCGGCAUCACACGCGGAAAAAGUGACGCAGACACAAAUGGAGGCUGAGCCGGCAGUAUUGCCAUUGGGUGUAUGGAAGUCGGAGGAAGAGGUUGAGGCUGGUGCGGUGACGGUGCCGGUGGCAGAGGCAGAGGCAGAGCGUGUUGCAGCGGGAGAGGUCGAGGUAGCAGGAGAGGUAGAGGUAGAGGUAGAGGCGGAGACGGAGGCGGCGUUGGAGGCGGAAGUUACUGGUGUGAUUGCAGUGAGUCCGGUUGCGGCGGAGGCUGUUGGCGAGCGAGUUGUUGAGGCUGAUCGGGAGGCGGAGUCUGUGGCCGGGGCAGAGUUUGGUGUUGAGGUGGAGGUUGAUGUUGAGGCGGAGGUCGAGGUAGGGGCUGUGCCUGAAGGUGCAGUUGAGGUGGAAGGUGAGGUGGAUCGUGCGAUUGAGUUGGAAGCAGUUGGAGAGGUGGAGGUAGAGUUAGAGGAGGGUAGAGAGUUGUGGACAGCAGUGGAUGCGGAGCGGGGUCCGGAGGUAGCGGAAGCGCGAGAGGUAGCGUCGGAGGUGGAAGUGGAGGUUGAGGCGGAGGCGGAAGCGGAAGCGAAGUUGGAGGUAGAGGCAGAGGCAGAGGCAGAGUUGGAGUUAGAGGCUGAGUCGGAGACGCAGGUUGGUGCUGGUGUUGAGGUGGAGGCUGCGGUAGCUUCGGAGUGGGAGGCGGAUGUUGUGGCUGAAGCAGUGGCUGAAUCAGCGCUCGGUGCGGAGACAUUGACCGAAGUGGAAGGAAUGCGCGCAUCCGAGAUUGCGGAGGCGGAGAUAGAGGCGCGAGUUGACCUGUCUGUGGAGUCCGAGCCUACUGUGGAAGCAGUAGAGGAGGCUGAGACGGUUGGAGAGAUUGUGUCGGAGCGUGAUUUGGCGUCGGAGAUGGAGCAGGAGGUAGGAGGCGCUGCAGAGUCUGAGGCGGUGUCAGAGUUGGAGGUUGUGGCGAAGGGUGAAUUGUCGUUUGGAUUGGAAGCGGAAAGGGAAGAGGGGGCGGAGGCACCGCGACGUGACUCUCGAGGUGGCUUAGUGUUUGUGGCGGAUGAGUUGCAAUUCGAGCGUGUUCGCGCUGAUGUUGAGGCCGAAGUGAUGUUGGAGCCGGGUGUAGAGCUUGAGACCGAGGUCAUGUCGGCUUCACGCGUGGAGAGCGUGCUGGAGGCGGAGGCGGAGGCGGAGGCGGAGACUGAGGCUGAGCCGGCAGUAUUGCCAUUGGGUGUAUGGAAGUCGGAGGAAGAGGUUGAGGCUGGUGCGGUGACGGUGCCGGUGGCAGAGGCAGAGGCAGAGCGUGUUGCAGCGGGAGAGGUCGAGGUAGCAGGAGAGGUAGAGGUAGAGGUAGGUGCGGAGACGGAGGCGGCGUUGGAGGCGGAAGUUACUGGUGUGAUUGCAGUGAGUCCGGUUGCGGCGGAGGCUGUUGGCGAGCGAGUUGUUGAGGCUGAUCGGGAGGCGGAGUCUGUGGCCGGGGCAGAGUUUGGUGUUGAGGUGGAGGUUGAUGUUGAGGCGGAGGUCGAGGUAGGGGCUGUGCCUGAAGGUGCAGUUGAGGUGGAAGGUGAGGUGGAUCGUGCGAUUGAGUUGGAAGCAGUUGGAGAGGUGGAGGUAGAGUUAGAGGAGGGUAGAGAGUUGUGGACAGCAGUGGAUGCGGAGCGGGGUCCGGAGGUAGCGGAAGCGCGAGAGGUAGCGUCGGAGGUGGAAGUGGAGGUUGAGGCGGAGGCGGAGGCGGAAGCGGAAGCGAAGUUGGAGGUAGAGGCAGAGGCAGAGGCAGAGUUGGAGUUAGAGGCUGAGUCGGAGACGCAGGUUGGUGCUGGUGUUGAGGUGGAGGCUGCGGUAGCUUCGGAGUGGGAGGCGGAUGUUGUGGCUGAAGCAGUGGCUGAAUCAGCGCUCGGUGCGGAGACAUUGACCGAAGUGGAAGGAAUGCGCGCAUCCGAGAUUGCGGAGGCGGAGAUAGAGGCGCGAGUUGACCUGUCUGUGGAGUCCGAGCCUACUGUGGAAGCAGUAGAGGAGGCUGAGACGGUUGGAGAGAUUGUGUCGGAGCGUGAUUUGGCGUCGGAGAUGGAGCAGGAGGUAGGAGGCGCUGCAGAGUCUGAGGCGGUGUCAGAGUUGGAGGUUGUGGCGAAGGGUGAAUUGUCGUUUGGAUUGGAAGCGGAAAGGGAAGAGGGGGCGGAGGCACCGCGACGUGACUCUCGAGGUGGCUUAGUGUUUGUGGCGGAUGAGUUGCAAUUCGAGCGUGUUCGCGCUGAUGUUGAGGCCGAAGUGAUGUUGGAGCCGGGUGUAGAGCUUGAGACCGAGGUCAUGUCGGCUUCACGCGUGGAGAGCGUGCUGGAGGCGGAGGCGGAGGCGGAGGCGGAGACUGAGGCUGAGCCGGCAGUAUUGCCAUUGGGUGUAUGGAAGUCGGAGGAAGAGGUUGAGGCUGGUGCGGUGACGGUGCCGGUGGCAGAGGCAGAGGCAGAGCGUGUUGCAGCGGGAGAGGUCGAGGUAGCAGGAGAGGUAGAGGUAGAGGUAGGUGCGGAGACGGAGGCGGCGUUGGAGGCGGAGGUUACUGGUGUGAUUGCAGUGAGUCCGGUUGCGGCGGAGGCUGUUGGCGAGCGAGUUGUUGAGGCUGAUCGGGAGGCGGAGUCUGUGGCCGGGGCAGAGUUUGGUGUUGAGGUGGAGGUUGAUGUUGAGGCGGAGGUCGAGGUAGGGGCUGUGCCUGAAGGUGCAGUUGAGGUGGAAGGUGAGGUGGAUCGUGCGAUUGAGUUGGAAGCAGUUGGAGAGGUGGAGGUAGAGUUAGAGGAGGGUAGAGAGUUGUGGACAGCAGUGGAUGCGGAGCGGGGUCCGGAGGUAGCGGAAGCGCGAGAGGUAGCGUCGGAGGUGGAAGUGGAGGUUGAGGCGGAGGCGGAGGCGGAAGCGGAAGCGAAGUUGGAGGUAGAGGCAGAGGCAGAGGCAGAGUUGGAGUUAGAGGCUGAGUCGGAGACGCAGGUUGGUGCUGGUGUUGAGAUGGAGGCUGCGGUAGCUUCGGAGUGGGAGGCGGAUGUUGUGGCUGAAGCAGUGGCUGAAUCAGCGCUCGGUGCGGAGACAUUGACCGAAGUGGAAGGAAUGCGCGCAUCCGAGAUUGCGGAGGCGGAGAUAGAGGCGCGAGUUGACCUGUCUGUGGAGUCCGAGCCUACUGUGGAAGCAGUAGAGGAGGCUGAGACGGUUGGAGAGAUUGUGUCGGAGCGUGAUUUGGCGUCGGAGAUGGAGCAGGAGGUAGGAGGCGCUGCAGAGUCUGAGGCGGUGUCAGAGUUGGAGGUUGUGGCGAAGGGUGAAUUGUCGUUUGGAUUGGAAGCGGAAAGGGAAGAGGGGGCGGAGGCACCGCGACGUGACUCUCGAGGUGGCUUAGUGUUUGUGGCGGAUGAGUUGCAAUUCGAGCGUGUUCGCGCUGAUGUUGAGGCCGAAGUGAUGUUGGAGCCGGGUGUAGAGCUUGAGACCGAGGUCAUGUCGGCUUCACGCGUGGAGAGCGUGCUGGAGGCGGAGGCGGAGGCGGAGACUGAGGCUGAGCCGGCAGUAUUGCCAUUGGGUGUAUGGAAGUCGGAGGAAGAGGUUGAGGCUGGUGCGGUGACGGUGCCGGUGGCAGAGGCAGAGGCAGAGCGUGUUGCAGCGGGAGAGGUCGAGGUAGCAGGAGAGGUAGAGGUAGAGGUAGAGGCGGAGACGGAGGCGGCGUUGGAGGCGGAAGUUACUGGUGUGAUUGCAGUGAGUCCGGUUGCGGCGGAGGCUGUUGGCGAGCGAGUUGUUGAGGCUGAUCGGGAGGCGGAGUCUGUGGCCGGGGCAGAGUUUGGUGUUGAGGUGGAGGUUGAUGUUGAGGCGGAGGUCGAGGUAGGGGCUGUGCCUGAAGGUGCAGUUGAGGUGGAAGGUGAGGUGGAUCGUGCGAUUGAGUUGGAAGCAGUUGGAGAGGUGGAGGUAGAGUUAGAGGAGGGUAGAGAGUUGUGGACAGCAGUGGAUGCGGAGCGGGGUCCGGAGGUAGCGGAAGCGCGAGAGGUAGCGUCGGAGGUGGAAGUGGAGGUUGAGGCGGAGGCGGAGGCGGAAGCGGAAGCGAAGUUGGAGGUAGAGGCAGAGGCAGAGGCAGAGUUGGAGUUAGAGGCUGAGUCGGAGACGCAGGUUGGUGCUGGUGUUGAGAUGGAGGCUGCGGUAGCUUCGGAGUGGGAGGCGGAUGUUGUGGCUGAAGCAGUGGCUGAAUCAGCGCUCGGUGCGGAGACAUUGACCGAAGUGGAAGGAAUGCGCGCAUCCGAGAUUGCGGAGGCGGAGAUAGAGGCGCGAGUUGACCUGUCUGUGGAGUCCGAGCCUACUGUGGAAGCAGUAGAGGAGGCUGAGACGGUUGGAGAGAUUGUGUCGGAGCGUGAUUUGGCGUCGGAGAUGGAGCAGGAGGUAGGAGGCGCUGCAGAGUCUGAGGCGGUGUCAGAGUUGGAGGUUGUGGCGAAGGGUGAAUUGUCGUUUGGAUUGGAAGCGGAAAGGGAAGAGGGGGCGGAGGCACCGCGACGUGACUCUCGAGGUGGCUUAGUGUUUGUGGCGGAUGAGUUGCAAUUCGAGCGUGUUCGCGCUGAUGUUGAGGCCGAAGUGAUGUUGGAGCCGGGUGUAGAGCUUGAGACCGAGGUCAUGUCGGCUUCACGCGUGGAGAGCGUGCUGGAGGCGGAGGCGGAGGCGGAGACUGAGGCUGAGCCGGCAGUAUUGCCAUUGGGUGUAUGGAAGUCGGAGGCAGAGGUUGAGGCUGGUGCGGUGACGGUGCCGGUGGCAGAGGCAGAGGCAGAGCGUGUUGCAGCGGGAGAGGUCGAGGUAGCAGGAGAGGUAGAGGUAGAGGUAGGUGCGGAGACGGAGGCGGCGUUGGAGGCGGAGGUUACUGGUGUGAUUGCAGUGAGUCCGGUUGCGGCGGAGGCUGUUGGCGAGCGAGUUGUUGAGGCUGAUCGGGAGGCGGAGUCUGUGGCCGGGGCAGAGUUUGGUGUUGAGGUGGAGGUUGAUGUUGAGGCGGAGGUCGAGGUAGGGGCUGUGCCUGAAGGUGCAGUUGAGGUGGAAGGUGAGGUGGAUCGUGCGAUUGAGUUGGAAGCAGUUGGAGAGGUGGAGGUAGAGUUAGAGGAGGGUAGAGAGUUGUGGACAGCAGUGGAUGCGGAGCGGGGUCCGGAGGUAGCGGAAGCGCGAGAGGUAGCGUCGGAGGUGGAAGUGGAGGUUGAGGCGGAGGCGGAGGCGGAAGCGGAAGCGAAGUUGGAGGUAGAGGCAGAGGCAGAGGCAGAGUUGGAGUUAGAGGCUGAGUCGGAGACGCAGGUUGGUGCUGGUGUUGAGAUGGAGGCUGCGGUAGCUUCGGAGUGGGAGGCGGAUGUUGUGGCUGAAGCAGUGGCUGAAUCAGCGCUCGGUGCGGAGACAUUGACCGAAGUGGAAGGAAUGCGCGCAUCCGAGAUUGCGGAGGCGGAGAUAGAGGCGCGAGUUGACCUGUCUGUGGAGUCCGAGCCUACUGUGGAAGCAGUAGAGGAGGCUGAGACGGUUGGAGAGAUUGUGUCGGAGCGUGAUUUGGCGUCGGAGAUGGAGCAGGCGGUAGGCGGCGCUGCAGAGUCUGAGACGGUGUCAGAGUUGGAGGUUGUGGCGAAGGGUGAAUUGUCGUUUGGAUUGGAAGCGGAAAGGGAAGAGGGGGCGGAGGCACCGCGACGUGACUCUCGAGGUGGCUUAGUGUUUGUGGCGGAUGAGUUGCAAUUCGAGCGUGUUCGCGCUGAUGUUGAGGCCGAAGUGAUGUUGGAGCCGGGUGUAGAGCUUGAGACCGAGGUCAUGUCGGCUUCACGCGUGGAGAGCGUGAUGGAGGCGGAGGCGGAGGCGGAGACUGAGGCUGAGCCGGCAGUAUUGCCAUUGGGUGUAUGGAAGUCGGAGGAAGAGGUUGAGGCUGGUGCGGUGACGGUGCCGGUGGCAGAGGCAGAGGCAGAGCGUGUUGCAGCGGGAGAGGUCGAGGUAGCAGGAGAGGUAGAGGUAGAGGUAGGUGCGGAGACGGAGGCGGCGUUGGAGGCGGAAGUUACUGGUGUGAUUGCAGUGAGUCCGGUUGCGGCGGAGGCUGUUGGCGAGCGAGUUGUUGAGGCUGAUCGGGAGGCGGAGUCUGUGGCCGGGGCAGAGUUUGGUGUUGAGGUGGAGGUUGAUGUUGAGGCGGAGGUCGAGGUAGGGGCUGUGCCUGAAGGUGCAGUUGAGGUGGAAGGUGAGGUGGAUCGUGCGAUUGAGUUGGAAGCAGUUGGAGAGGUGGAGGUAGAGUUAGAGGAGGGUAGAGAGUUGUGGACAGCAGUGGAUGCGGAGCGGGGUCCGGAGGUAGCGGAAGCGCGAGAGGUAGCGUCGGAGGUGGAAGUGGAGGUUGAGGCGGAGGCGGAGGCGGAGGCGGAGGCGGAAGCGGAAGCGAAGUUGGAGGUAGAGGCAGAGGCAGAGGCAGAGUUGGAGUUAGAGGCUGAGUCGGAGACGCAGGUUGGUGCUGGUGUUGAGGUGGAGGCUGCGGUAGCUUCGGAGUGGGAGGCGGAUGUUGUGGCUGAAGCAGUGGCUGAAUCAGCGCUCGGUGCGGAGACAUUGACCGAAGUGGAAGGAAUGCGCGCAUCCGAGAUUGCGGAGGCGGAGAUAGAGGCGCGAGUUGACCUGUCUGUGGAGUCCGAGCCUACUGUCGUUGCAGUGGAGGAGGCGGAAGCUUUUGGAGAGACUGUGGCGGUUGGUUAUCUGGCUGCUCGUUGUAUGGAUGUUUUGCCCUGUUUGGCGUAUUCUGCUUCUUCUUUUUCUGAUUCGGUUUUGUGGGAAGAUGUUUCUGAUUCUGAGGUUUCGGCUUUGGAUGAACUUUACGAAUCUACGGCUCGGGUUAACCUUAGUGAUGCGCUGGAUUCUGUUUUGGAGUUACCCUGCGUGCCCUCCCGAUUCCCGGAUUGCUCUCCUGUGGUUUCUAUUUGCUCUAAUUCUUCAGGAACACUGCUCUCUUCUAAGGUUGUUUUUGAGCCUGCUGUUUUAUCUGAGUGCUCCUCCUUUUCUGCGACUCCUGCUGUUGUAUGUUCUUCCUUCGGUGAUCCUUCCUAUGACUUUACCUCUACUUCUGGUCGUGUUGGUUCCCUGGAGGCUCAGCCAUGUUUUACGAAUUUAGGUCUUUCGGGUCGUUCGUGUGUUAACUUUGAAGAUGUUCGUAUGUGCCCCACUUGGGUGGAGCCGCAGGCUUUUAGAGAGGAGCGACAUUUACUGGGAAUGCGACUUGCUCGAACGUCGGACGCGCCUUUGAAUUUACCAAUCUCCGAGGGAGUUUCCCUGGAAUACGAAGAUAUGGCUGUUGAAGUCACCUCCGCUGACUGUGUAGCUUUACCUGCAAUGCAUGCAAGCCUUUCGCAAGAAAUUAGAUUCCAUGCUUGUGAUACUCAAUUGAUGUUUUGUGGUAGCCGGUCUGUGAGAUCUGAUACGGAUCUUACGUGCUUGCACUUAGGUCUAACAGGAUACAAGCGCCCGCAAAGUGAACCCAUCACAGAAAUCCCAGCUGAAGCCGACGCUGUUCCCGCUUGCCGUCAUUUGUCUAUUGAGCAAACGGCUAUCCCUUCAUUUGUGGAAGUAGUUCAUUUUAGCUCUGAUAGAAGCCCUGUUCAGCUGGAAUUCGAAGAAAUAGCUUACAUCGAAUCUUCUCGGCUGAAACCUGUAGAGGACAAGGUGCCGAUGUGUCUAGGUAUCUCUGAUGUUUCUUUGCCACCGGAAGUUGAGUUUGAGUUUCCCAUAAAAGAAACGAGUGAAGUCACGGGACUUUCUUGUCUUUCUUCAGAGGCCAAGCAUGAUUUGCAAAAUUCUGAGGAACAAUGUUUACCAGUCACAGAGAGGUUUGCUAGAGGUUCACCUCCAGUUAUCACCUCAGAAUCGGUUCUUUCUGGCUUACCUGAAAGUUCAUUCUCAAGAAUGCAGUCUCAUUACUUGGGUAAACCAGAUGAAGUGGUUUCAGCUACAUCUAGUGUUUCCCCAACAGAAGUUUCACGGGACUUGCCUCCACAAUCUAAUUGUGAAGCAGACCAUGAAGGUGACUUUUGCUCCCCAUUCUCCUGCACUGAGCACUCACCGGGAAUUACUGCAGAUUUGGAAAACAAAGAUGAUGAUUUCAAGCAACUGGCGACAGCUGCCGGAGCCAACUUAGCUGUCGAGUUCACGGACAAUGAUGAUGAGUUCGAAUUUCCUGAUGAUGACGACGACGACGACAGUGAUCUAUGUGAACCUACUAGCUGUUCUGGAGUGGAAAAGUCCUCGCUACCUGGCAAAGGCACGUCUCACGCUCUACGAAUCCGAAUGGAAGGAGGUAGUUCCACCAACCAGAUGGUUAGCUCUGCACUGGACCGAUCAGAGAAAGUGCUAAGUCGACUUCAGACUUAUGGAUUUCGUAACUUGGAUUCUGAGAUGCUUCAGAUGAAAUCGAGGCUGACCCAAAGUCGGUCAAACUUAACACAAGAGUUACAGUCAAGCCCACAAAUAGUGUAUGAACCAGGCAAAGAGAUUACAAUACCGGGAUUUGGGGAUAUCUUGAUGAUCGAGCCAUGUCAGAGUACCAGCUUCAGGGAGACUGCAUCAAGUGAUAUCGAAGAUGAUAGCGAUGUUGACGAGGUGAUUGAUUUUGAUAACGACAGUCUUGACGAAGGUAGCUCGCAGUUGUACCACAUCGGAGAGCAAACCAACGUCCAUCCGCAAGAAAUGGAGACCACAAGGAGUGGAUUGUCACCUAUUUUGGAAGUGCCCGCUGCAGAACAGAACACUUCCAGUGAUUCUUCUCCAGACAGUAACCACAGUUUACAGUUACUAAAUCUUGACAACGAGGAUGAAUGUGAUGCUCACGUUGGGAGAUGGAAGAGGAUAGCCUCAGUCCACGAUAUUGAUAAUGAAUCAGGGGGAAAUUUCGCAUUGACCACUGUGAAUAAGCAGAGUCCAACUAGCGCCUUUGAAACGAAUGUAUUAAAACUUUCUUGGUCAAAUAUUUCACGUUAUUCAGAUAUGGCUUUGAAAGAAGCAGGAACAAUGAGUCAUGACACAUCGGCAACUGAUAACUCACCUAACGGUCACGAGUUCGUUUGCGUUACUUUUUCUAAGCCUUGCUCAGAUGGAAACGACAGAGCAGACCUCAGACAAUCUCGGGAGACAUCCACCAUUCGUGAAUCGGCCACAACCUUGGCCUCCAUUGACAGCGACUUCAAUGUAAGUGACCACCGAGGAAGUCUCACCGAUAUUCAAAACACGAGCAUUUCUGCUAUAAUUCCCACUAAGGAGCCGGCUCGAGGUGUGGCUCUCACACCGAAUCUGCUGACUUCAUUGCAGGCGUUGCCUAAUUCGCCAUCAGAUGAAGCUGAAGCUCCGAGUAAACACCUUGCUGGUGCUGUCUCGUUACCUGGUUUAAUGAUGGCUGAACACAGCUCGAAGCUACUGUCGGACUCCGCGCUGAAGAGGACAGGUUCUCAAGGGUAUCAGCCGGAGCUGGUGAACAGGCCGCUCGAACAACCGGAUAGAUUGAGUGGAGUUCCCACAAGUCCCUGUAAGAGAGUUAAGUGCGAAAAUGAGGAGGUUGGGCAUAUUCCAUCAGAUAGCACAACCAGUAGUUCCUUAUCAGAAUUCGAACGGCUUGAGAAGGCACUAGGCAGCGGAGCAACAUCGCUUAACAGUAUGCCUGGUGGAAGCUCCAACGAGCUGAGUUCACACACCUCAUCCCUGUCUGAAUUCCUCAGAAACGAAAAAGAUUGCGCUAGUUCAGCCGAAAGUAUUCCCCCAUCAUCUGAUCCAAAGGCACGAUACACUAACGGGUUUGUUACGGAGUCCGAGGCGAAUGGAAUCUCGGCUAGCCCGUUGAGUGGUCAGACCGGCGUUUCCAUAAGAGCCGGCCACAUUUCAACCAUUUUCGAAGACUCAGUGGCCGAACAGUUCACUAGCUCACUCACCCAAAGUACCGAUUCGGCGACUGCACUGGCGACAACCGAGUCGCUUGCAGCACCACGUGGACUUCCGCUGCCAACAGACGACACAGACUCCGAGCUCUCUAUCAUAGACUUGCAGAUUGUCGCCACGGAAACAGCGAAUGACACCGAGACCAAUGUGGAGCUGGCGGAAACCGACUCACUCGUUCACUCCACCAUGUAUGAUUCUUUACUUUCUUCUGCGUUUGCGGCUGAUUUAGCCGCGUGCUCCACAGUGCUUUCACACGAAUGGGCCACCAGUUACUUCCACGAAGCCCAAGAAGUAUUGAGGUCUCACCAGGAGCGCGAAUGUGAUUCGCUUAAUUCCAGCGGCCACGCUCAUUUUGGUGGAGUCUCCGAUUCCUUGUACACAACCUCAUCUUCCAUCAGUUCGAGCAACAUCCUACAUAGCGACCAGGAUUCUCCAGAAGGGUUUGAAGAAGGUUUUGUGGAGUUCACCCCCCACCAUUUGGAAGAUCUACAACGUCAAUACCUUGAAGCUGCCGCACAUGUGUCAAAAGAAGCAGGACUGGAUACUGGGAGCGAUGUCCCCAUGGGAUCACUGCAUGUUACCCCCGGCUCUGUCGAACGAUACUUGCAUGUACGAGAAACGUUCCCGCAUGCGUUGUCUCGGACAAAUAUGGCGGAUUCACUAGAUGGUGAGAUCACGAGCGAGGUAAUUAGUGAUGAAGGCAUUGAUACAUUUUCUCUGAAAACUGAUUCUGCUUGUGAAUGGAGGGUUUUGGAUUUCAUAAAUCCCCGGUGUCGAAGCCCCGCAAAGGCCGAAAGUAGAGACCCUGAUACUAGUGUUGGAUUCACGAACCCACUCGAUACAUCCGAAUUAACCAAGAAGGAAGUUGGCUCCUUACCUGAGGAUCCGAACACCCUGCUCCACAGCCGCAGUACUUCGGACAUUGUAGUAGAUAUUGGUUUAGCUUCGGGACUCGGAGCAAACUUGGAGUACACUGUCUUGGGAACCACAGAAGAUGAGGAGGGGCUUCAUGAAAGCACAUUUGAAUUCGUCACAUCAGAAAGCGAGAAAGGCGUGUCCGUUCGGUUACACGAAUCACUGACUGAAAGCAAGAACUUAAAGUCAUCACUUGGCAGUGUUCGCGAACACUAUACCAUGACACCGAGCGUCGAUUCGCAAAUUCUACCCACAUCUGUUAAUCGCGGCUCGACGAACAUACAUGAAUCAAAUAAAUAGAACAGGGUCGUCACCGCACUAUGCUUCAUCCAUUCCGAAUGUGACCGGUCAAAUUCAUCCAUCUCAUCAUUAUCAAUUCAUGUCAACCAUCCUAGAUUCACUAGCUCCAUGUCAUGCAUUCCAAAGGGAACUCUUUUUGGAUAAGCCUCCCGCCUUGGAAACCUAUUUUUGCACAUACGAAAAACAUACAUCCUGAUGAACUUGUGUUCCCCUUACUGUUCCGUGAUGAACGAGUCGCGGCCCAGUCUCCCUAACCAUUGACCCACGAACUCUUCAAUGUGACGGUGUAUAGACCAUCAGCUUCGAAACGAUCUCCAGAUCUGGCUCUGGCUCAUAGUAAUUCACCUAAAUCAACACAAUGUUUAUCGUGAUGGAUCUCCUCCAUUCCCCUAGCCGAAGAAAUACAGUUAACCGGACGCUUGCCCAUCAUCAUCGCUCAGGACCGACUUUGUGACUGCACGAUUGGAAAGACCGCUUGAUCUGCGAAACCAAUCCCUGAUGGAGUCGAAGGCAUCGUUAACUAUGUUUGAAUCAGACUCUGUCUCUCUUCCGUGGUUGUAUGAGGGAGUUGCGGGAACGGGUGCGAGGUGGCGUGUCUGACAUCCUCGCUGUGUGCCUUUCGACCUGAUUUCACAAACAACAUUAUUUUCGAUUUCUGCAGUUCUUACUGUCCGUUUAUCAGUGUACACUUAAAAGGCUCUUGGGCAACGCCAUGUCUUCACACCGGCGAGCAGAAGGCACUUGACCGGAUUGUGCUGACACACACUCAAUCCAUGAAGUAAGGGUACAUUAUGACCCCCCCCCACCAUGUGACGAGCGAAAAGGAAACUUCAAGUCAAAUAAGAUGUAAAUGAAACUAUUUCACAGAUUUCACCUUAUUCUAGUCGUGUUACUGGCCCCGGAAUUCGAGGGACCACCGCGUACUUGGGCCACCCACACAAACUGCACUCAUCUGAUCUACGUGCUACAUGACGCCGUAGUGAUUGCAUUUUUGGCCGCUGAACACUCACUAACUUUUCUCAUGGGCACAUACCUCGGUGCCUCGAAGUGUGUCAACGUGUGAUAACUUCACAGAGUCCAUUUUUUAGUUUUCACUAUCUUGAUAGCCUUGAUCCUCAAUCGGGAGACACAAAUCGGAUGCGCCAUAGUUACUUUCAGAAUAUGACAUAGUUUGAUUUUGAAUUUCAUCCAUUUUAUGUCUGUUUCUUUUCGGCUUUCAGUCAUGUAACCUAUGGAACCUUAUUUUUGUUCCUCAUUUGAUCUCAUUUGCAGCCAACCACGCCACUACUUUUUCUCUCUACUUCCCAACCCACCGUUUGCAUCUUGCUUCAGAAAACAAGAUCCCUCCUGCAUCCCUCUUCGAUUUCGAAUAGAGAUCGGAUGGAUGUCUGGUUUGACUGGUUUCG